AUGCAAAUGACGUUUAUAUUGUGUGGAAUUUUACUCAUUUGGAUAACUCACAAGAUAACUUACAAUGAAUCUGUCGUAUUUAAAUUUACAAAUGCAGUUUCUUUACAUCCAGUUACAAAUAUAUUUGCUGAAUUUCAAGUGUUCAAAAGAGAAAAUGGUUACAAACCCUGGCUCGUUAAGACAUCUUGGGAUCUAUGUCGAUUUCUCACGAAAGCUUAUAAUCCAUUUGCUAUUCUCUUCUAUCGCAUGUUUAAGGAAUUCACAAAUAUUAAUCAUACGUGUCCCUAUGAGGGCGACUUGGUAGUUGAAGGAUUUCAUCUAAGACCUGAGUUAUUGGGCGUAGUUUUACCAACUGGAGAUUAUCGAGCUGCAACAACUUGGUUCGUUGAUAACAAAAAACAGUUUAUUGUCAACGCCUAUGCUGCAUUUACAGAAGAUUUAUUAUAACUGA